UGUUACCUUUAGUGAAUGGAAAUUAAAGCACUGUUAGGCAGCCUACAAUUAACAUAAAAGGCACAAUUAAUUUUGGUUUAUAUAUGUAUUAUGCAAACGUUUGCAAGACGUUUGCAAAAUGCAUUGAACUCUGCAGAAAUUAUUUUAACCAAACUAAUUUAACAAAACUACAGCUUCUGUUAGUAUACGAAAUAAAUAAUUCUCUGCAUAUGCUGAAUGUGAUCAACUUAUGAUUUAGAGAGUUCAGCAUAUAUGCUCAUUUUUACAUUUUACAUAAUGUCUGCUUUAUUUGUUUCUGCAUCUGGUUUCUUUGUUGUGAGAAGGUAUGCUUUAAAUCGUCACUGAUUGUUUAGCUGCGCUGAUUGAUUGACAGCUGUCCGCGUAUUUGUAAUACUGUUCUGUGAUUCUGUGACUGACAGCUGUAAUAUCCGUUCAGGAUGUUCUCAGCUUAAAAUACUGCUAAAGUUUAUAUAAAUAAGCGCAUCAUGUUUCUGAGUGUCUGUCUGAAGCGCCUCCGGAUCGAAUCGCUUCCACAGGCUCGAUCGCGCUCGAUGUGUAUUAGUCUGUCAUUUCUGAGCUUACAAAAUCAGUUUCUAACGAUGAGAAAAUGAGCAUUGCAAACGUUUUUGUCAACAAAAACUGUGAUAUCUUGGUAUUAGCCACCAGUGGCAUCAAUAAGUAAAUCAAAAAUCAAACUUCUUUAAAGUAGAAAAGAAGCUUAUUAUGAUAGGCUACAGUAGAAUUUUUUUUUAAUAUUGAAUAUAGUUUACAUUAUUUACUUUAAUACAUUUAGCAAAUGCUUGUCCAUUUGCCCAUUUGUUCUCUUAAAAUGAAAGAAAAAAAUAAUUAUAAGAAAAAAGCAGCCUAUCAAGUUACCUUAAAAGUUUUUUUUUAGAAAAGCUGUCUUUUUAACUACCCUGUUUGUUCAUGUCGCUUUCUACGUGAAUAAUGAAAACAGUUUGCACAGUGUUCAUUUUGAUUUGAAUAAUGACAUUUUUCAUGCUUUGUUAAAAGUAAAAACACUGAAGUAAUGUUUUUGUCAGCAGUUCUGUUAUUCUGUGCAAAUGCUGAAAUGGAUAACAAAUAUUUUAAUUUAGUUUUAAAUAAUAAAGAAAACAACAAGUAAACCGAAAGACUAAAAAAAGAAAACACUUUUGUUUUAAAUAAUUGCUCAACUGGUCUUAGAAAAAUAUCACCAAUGAAAUUCAAUUUCAUAAAUGUUUAUGUUUGUGUUCUACUUUGAUCUCAUGUCUGUCUUCUCUUUUUCACACUUAUCUUUGUCUUCAGCUGAUCUCUGGAUCCAUUCGGCUCUCUGACUCUCUCCUUUUGAAUUUUAUGAUGCAUUUUCUGCGAAUCAUUCAAUAAUCAUCAAACUCCCUUGUAUGUUUAAUUCAGUGCAAUUUAAACACUACUGAGAGUAAAGCGGCUCUCCAGACAAAAUAUUGUGCACUAAACUGACAAACAAGCAUGCAUUUGGGUCAGAUGCUUGAACUCAUUAAUGCAGAGCAAUGAUUAUGUAAAAAGAGGAGGGCAAAUGUAAAAAUUUCUGUGGUUGCUGUUCUGUUAAACACUUCUGUUGCCAUAUUCUGUCUAUCCUGAAAACCUUUUUCAUGCAAAACUUAACACUGAUGAAAAUGUUCUGUGCAAGCUGAUUGGGCAAUAACUUAUUUCCACAUUUGUUUAUGAUUUCAGAACAUAUGAAUAAAUAAAAAAUCAUUUAAACAGAAUCUGUGAUGGAAUUUCCUCAAUAAUUGGUUAUUUUCAAUAGAUCCUUAAAGAAUCAGAAACACAACAACAACACGAACUUUGUAUUUGCAUUCAUAAAUCUUUGCAGCUUAAUCAAAACAAAGCUCUUCUCUCUUUUGCACUGCUGAAAUGCUGUGGUUAUACAAACAAACCGUCUGGUCUAACCGUCUCGCUUACACACACAAUAGAUGAACUGAACCCAGCUCCAGCUCUGUCUGAGUCUCAAUCUCAGCAUCAGCGUGGAGGUUGUGUGAGUGUGUGUGGAUAGCGUGUCAUGAAAGAUCCUUUGUUGUUGGACAGUGAAGUCACUCUUUGACUCGUGGGUUGCUCGGGUGGGUCUAUCCAGAGCUCGGAGCCCAGCGAGGGGCUUUCAGAGUCAGACGUGUGCUGAAUGAAGCUCUGUGUCGACCCACCUUCCCUCUGGAGCAGGAGGAAACGACUCACACGGCCAACUUUGUCAGAUCUCACCAUCAGAGCUUCAGCUGCAAUUAGUGGUGUAUUUGCUAAGGCAAGAGUCACUACUGCUCAUACUUUGGGUUUUUGUCCCUCUCAAUUUUAAGAUAUUACUUCAUUGACUUCUUAAAUGCAGCAAUUAUUUCUCAGAAAGUGCCCUGAGAGAUGAUAGUUGCACUGAAGAAGUUUAUUUUGUUUAACUGUGCACAGUGCGAGAAAAAUAAGUGGCCGUUCGUGCUAAACUAACUCUUUAAAAUUAAAAUCAAACAGAAGCCAUUGCCAGCCUUUGAUUCAGAAAUGGGCGGAGCCAACGCGCAAGCGCUAAUCCUAUUGGAUAGCUUUCACCAUUUCACUGCCCGAGUUUUGAUUUCAGCCAGUCACUUUGGCCGAUCAAAGACAACCAGAUUUAUAUUCAUGAGUCAGUUAGCAGGCUGAAAUAGCUUGAUAGACGUUAAAAUCAGUGUAGCCAAGUCUACGGUUUUCCCACGAAAUUUGGGCUACUUUAACACUUACCUCAAGUUGUUUUUAAUGUCCACUGGUUGAAGCGACCCCAAUAACGUCAGAUUUAGCCCCUGAAAUACGAAUUUACUAGGGGAACCUCGACAAAAGGUGUAUUUUAUCCCCCCGAAUGCGAAUUUUAACGGGGACCCCACCCGGAACGUGAUUGGGCUAGUUUUGAGUGGCAAUUGGGCGGGUUUUGUUGUGAAAACCUGGCAACCCUGGCUAAAACGGCUAACGAAAAUGCGACGUAGGGUUACCAGAGGGAAGUCAAUGUUGUUAAAUACUCAAAACAUUUGACAUUUUAGUAACUUUUAGCACAUUCUUAAAAUCGGACUUAAUUAAUGAUAAUCUUUUUUUUUUUCACAGAAAACACUGAAUGAUCAAUAUAGUUACUUUAGUGUUUGCACAGUGUUUAUUAACGUUUUAAAUUACAUUUUUGUAAGUUUAAACUAGAUUAAUGUACAGGACUAAUUGCUUAAUGAUAUAUACUAUAUUAUAAUUGCACAUAUACUAUAUUAUUGCAUUUAAAUGCUUUGUAUACAUCUAUCUGUUUAUCGAUCUAAACUUUUAAGUUCUGUUUAAUAUUAAUUUUAUUUAUAUGACAUUUUCAUACAGACAUGGUUACAACAACAUUUUAGUAUUAACAUUAAGGUUUUAUAAGAACGAUCGUUCUUAAGCGUUCUUAGGCAUUUAUUUGCUUUCAAAUUAAAUCCCAUAUAAAUGUAUCUCUAUCAUUAUUUGCAAUUACUUUUAUAAGUGGUCAGACUUCGGAUUAUCAGCUGGUUGGCUGGUUUUAGCUGGUCACCCAGCCUGGUUUUAGCUGGUCAGCAGGCUGGUUUUAGAGGGGUUUUGUUCACUUCCUUAGCUGGUCAGGCUGGGAGACCAGCUAAAACUUGCUACUUCCAGCUUAAACCAGCUAAGACCAGCAUAGGCUGCUUUUAGCAGUUUUUUUCAGCAGGUAAAAAAACCCUAGCAACCACCAUAAACCCCCCGGCAACUAUGUUUAUCUUUAACUGUUACGCCUCACCACCCCAGAAAUCCGAGCUAAACAUGCAUGUUUAAAUGUUCACGUGUGUGUUUGGAUCCUGAGAAAGUGGUCAUAAAUCACAGUUCUUCAUUAACAAGCGUCCGCUUGCAUACUUCAAAGAGCAUAAACUCAUAGAGGUGUGUGCCCUGCAUCACCCAGUGUAUACUGUGUUGCUGUGGAAACGCUGCGCUGUGUUGUAGCCGGCUGGCAAAAGUGCAAAUGUCUUCUGCAUUCUGAGCGAAUGUCUGGCAUGGAUACAGGGACGAGGCCGGGGUGUGACACACACACGCACACACAAUCACACACUGCCCUUAGGGCUGACAGUAUCUGUCUUUAAGAAACAUAUCUGGCUUUGUGUGGUUUGGUUAGUGUGUGUGUGUGUGACAGGGAGGAAUGAGGUGAGGAGUUUAUUCACACUAUAUCAGAGUUGUUCUGUCAGACAGAUGAUUAAGUGCCUUAAGCCCGGAUCAGAUAUCCGUCCUGUUUAAGAGUGCUCUCUCUGGGUCAUUCAUACAGACCUACAGGAAAGAGAGCAGUCGGGUGAAGGCAGAAGUUUUGCACGUUUCCAUGCAGUUGCAGAUGUCUUAUGGUGAGACCGUGAUGGUGGAGCACUGAGGAAGCAAAGAUCAAGAAGGGAAGACAGAGAAAUAUUUCAGAGGAAGUCUUUGAGCUGAAGAUCAAAGCAAUGUUGGCCCCCGAACAGGAGUUGCUGAGCUCUUCUAAACCCAUCAAAUACGGAGAGCUGAUCAUCCUCGGCUACAACGGCUCCCUACCAAACGGAGACCGGGGGAGAAGGAAGAGUCGUUUUGCUCUGUUUAAGAGACCCAAAGCCAAUGGAGUCAAACCCAGCACCGUCCACAGCACAUGCAAUCCACAGACCGCCAAGGCCAUUAGCAACAAAAACCAGCACAGUGUGUCGUAUACGCUGUCCAGGGCGCAGACGGUAGUCGUGGAGUAUGCGCACGAUAGCACCACCGACAUGUUUCAGAUCGGCCGGUCCACUGAAAGCCCCAUUGAUUUCGUGGUGAUGGACACAAUACCUGGAUGUCACGGCAAGAGUGACACGCUGUCGUCUCAGAGCACUAUAUCACGAUUUGCAUGUCGGAUCGUGUGUCAGAGAGCGCCGCCCUACACUGCGCGCAUCUACGCCGCCGGCUUCGAUUCGUCGAAAAGCAUCUUCCUGGGGGAGAAAGCGGCGAAAUGGUGGUGCGCCGACAGCCAGAUGGACGGCCUGACCACCAACGGCAUAUUAGUGAUGCGGCCGCGACACGGCUUCACCUGCGAGUCCAAACCGGGCGCCUGGAGAGAGAUCUCAGUCUGCGGGAACGUCUUCACGCUCCGAGAAACCCGCUCCGCUCAGAAACCCGGCAAGCUGGUUGAGAACGAGUCUCACGAGCUGGUGGACGGCACUUUAAUCGACCUGUGCGGAGCGACCCUGCUGUGGCGUUCGGCGGAAGGUCUGUCCCGCACACCGACCCCCAAACACCUGGAGGUGCUGCGGCGGGAGCUGAACGCGGCGCGGCCCCAGUGUCCCGUGGGCCUCCACACCCUGGCCUUCCCCAGCCUGGACCGCUCCUUCGGCGGCUCGACCCACGACCACCAGCCCUGGGCCUACCUGCACUGCGGCCACGUGCACGGAUACCACAUCUGGAGGGGCCGCCGCGGCCUCACCAAAGAGGGCUCCACCGAGGAAGACGAGGACGAGAGCAAAGAGGAGCUGGAGCAGGAGCCGCUGCGGGAGGGCGAGCGCGAGUGUCCGCUGUGCCGAACGCGGGGCCUGUACGUGCCGCUGAAGCUGGGCCGCGAGUCGGGCUUCUAUCUGGACGGCGCGCCUCCGACGCACGCUUUCAACCCCUGCGGACACGUGUGCUCGGAGCGGACGGCCGCGUUCUGGAGCAAACUGGUGCUGCCGCACGGCGCUCACGGGUUCUUCCCCGCCUGCCCGUUCUGCAUGCGGCCGCUCGCACGCGACAGGAAAUGCGUCAGACUAAUCUUUCAGGGGCCGCUGGACUGAGUAUGAGCGUGUGUGUGCGUUUAAAACUCGUAUGUGCCAAACUGCCAACACACAUAUUCAGCUCUUUAUUUUUCCCACAAGCCAUCUGUUCUCUGCACUGCCGGCUGUGUCGGCCCUGUCUGACUGGAUGCUGUUUGCUCUUCAUUCGAUAGUUUACUGUUUAAAAGCCACUGCUCUUGAGCUGUCCUGCUCGUGCCUUAAAAAUAAUAACAUUCAUGCUGUUAAUGUUAGGAAUCUGUACGAAUACACUUCAGUGGGUGUGUGAACCUGUUUUCUGAAUUGCUUUUCUUUUCAUUUGUUCUUGUUUCAAACUGCCAUAGAUUAUCACCUUAAAUACCAAUGAUUUUCAUCGACAGCGAGUUUGAAAUGAGGUUAUUAUGUUAUGUUAUAUUAUAUUAUAUUAUAUUAUAUUAUGUAUAUAAUAUUAAAACUGUAUUGUUGUUGCAUUUUCCCAGAAAUGUUUUUGUAUCAUUCUUAAAGAAUAAAGUUAUAGAUCAUAUUUCAAUAAAACACUGAGCACUUUG